CUGGUUCAAAGCAAGCCGACAGGAAAACCGCUCAAGGGGGAGAUCACGGAAAUAUACAGGGAGGACAAAACGCAGGAGAGAAGCUUUCGAACCCUGCAGAUGACAGCUGAGACCAGGAGCGCAACAGCGAGUCGCGACGUCCUCCAGAAGUCCAGGCGCACCGGGGCCCCGCAGACCGGAUCCGCUUUCGGUUCCCCGGCGCACCUCAACAUGGCCGCGCCCACCUGCACCAGGUUCACCGACGAGUACCAGCUCUACGAGGAGCUGGGCAAGGGGGCUUUCUCCGUGGUCAGGAGGUGCAUGAAGAUCUCCUCGGGACAGGAGUAUGCGGCCAAAAUCAUCAACACCAAGAAGCUCUCCGCCAGAGGAGCCCGUCUUCUUUUAGGCCUCCACAAAGGGGGUCCGGUGCUGGUGGUCCUGGACUCUGUCUGGCUGGAGGGACUGGUUCACUUGGGUUGA